AUGGUAAGAACAAAAGGUUUACCUCGUGCCUUAGGUAGUGGUAUAGGCAGAGGCAUGGGUCGGGAUGAACAUGAUGUUAAUGUUUCUCGGUGUCGUAGGCCUACCGCUUCUGCCCGUAGGCAACGGGUUCAGGUUGAUGUCGCUGAGGAAGUUCCUCAGGUGACUGAGGAUGUUCCUCCUCAGGUGACUAAGGAUAUUCCUGAUGUGACAGAGGAUGUUCCUCAUGUGGACGAGGACAUUCCGAUUGCGGACGUAGAUGCUGAUGGUGCUGAGGGGUCACCUGCUGAUCAUGACGAGGGAUUCCCUGGUGGGCCACGUGACACAUCGGUGUUGACAUUGUUUGCCGACCAUGUGGCAUAUAGUAUCUGGAGUGGCGAGGUCUCCCACAGUAGGAAAGUUGAUAAAUUAGGGAGUCCAGUGCCUGAGAUUGAAGGCCUUGUUGCCGGCACCAGAUUAAGUCCAUUGAUCGGGUGUUCUGUGGUCACCGGCGAUCCUAGACUUAUAUCCGCAUUUGCGGAGAGGUGGCAUAGGGAUACCAACACCUUCCACCUUCCAGUGGGGGAGUUGACGAUCACACUGGACGAUGUGGCGUGUCUCCUCCAUCUUCCUAUCACAGGGGCAUUACCCAGGUUUGAGCCUCUGGGCAUGGACGAGGUGGUCUUGCUGUUGACGAGCUUCUAG